GGACGUUCCAUCGUAAUGUAUGCCUGUGCUAAGUUCGUCUCCACGCCCUCUCUGGUCCGUGCUGGAUCCAGGCUGUACAGACCGCUCUCGGCAGCAGUAGUGUCAGACGGUAGGAGAGCAGAGACUCCCUCGCUCCUGGCACCGGCGAGUGGCAUCGCCUCGCAGCAGGUGGUGUUGCGGGGAUUCCAAACCAGCGCCGUGAGCCGUGACAUCGACACUGCAGCCAAGUUCAUCGGAGCAGGAGCUGCCACUGUGGGAGUGGCUGGAUCUGGUGCCGGAAUUGGAACAGUGUUUGGCAGCCUUAUUAUUGGAUAUGCCAGGAACCCCUCUCUGAAGCAGCAGCUGUUUUCUUACGCCAUCCUGGGCUUCGCGCUGUCUGAAGCUAUGGGUCUCUUCUGUCUGAUGGUUGCUUUCCUCAUUCUGUUCGCCAUGUAAAACCAUCUGUGAAAGGAUAACUCAAAAUGUUAACAGGAAUUAGCAGUUUGAACAGUUGGAUGAUUGCAGAUUAUCAUGUUGCUUAUUGUUCAUUGGUGUUCUUGAAGGAUUGUGAAUCCAUUCAUGUACGAAACUCUGGCAAAUCAUUUCAAGGACAGUUGCGUCCUUAUGUUGUAUAUUUAAUCAGCUGUUUUUGUUAACAUGCAGCCAGUAACAGAAAUAAAACUGAAUUCCUCAA